CAUGGAGGACGUAGCUAAGAGGUGAGUGAGUCAGUAGAAAUAAUAAACACGCGGCCCAGCUUCGGUGUGGGAACGCGGAAACAAAACCGGGGUAGAGAACACAAACUAUGACGUGUACUGCAAAUAAUCUCAUGACGUUGAGCAUCAUGUCAACGUCGUGACAAUGGCAAUGAUUACACCCUUGAAUGACACGGAUGAAGUGUUGUGGUUUUGUAACUUAGCACACAAAAAGAGAAGUCAUUACUUAUAGUUGCAUGCAUGGUAGAAUCCCAAGAUCCAAAUUCAGAUGUCAGUCUUAUGGAACUCAAGUAACGGGUUUCAUAAGCAUGGUACACGGUGAGCUUUGAUAGAAACACAGGCCUGUGGACAUGUCCAGCUGUAUGUCUUUUUUCUUCACUCUUGUGGCUCAACUGCCCAGCUGAAUCAGUGAAGCCAGAUUACAUGAACUGGCAUCUUCACUUUGUGCUCCUUGUGAUGCCUGUUGUCUUCAGCUUUGAUGAGGUACACGUGGGAAAGUUUAUCAAUUUCUACAUCCGCGGUCUCUUUUUCCUGGACGCCGAGCCGCCCUUUGGCAAGCUGGUAUUGACAGGCGUAGCAUCAUGGUGUGGAUAUGAUGGACAGUUUGCCUUCUCAGAGAUUGGGCAAGGUUAUGCCCCGUCUGAAGUCCCGUAUACUUCUCUGCGACUGGUCACCGCACUUUGUGGAGGAUGUCUUCCUGCUGUAGUGUAUGCUAUUUGCAUCCAGCUUAGAAUUGAUACUCCGAUGUCCAUGCUCGCGGGAGUAUUCCUGAUUCUUGACACUGCUAUCAUAACGCAGAGCCGUUACUUCAUGCUGGAUUCCAUGAUGCUACUGUCUUCGCUACUGGCUGUGUUCUUUGCACUAAGAUCAUGCCGAGUGACCAGGGCCUACUCCAUGGCUUGGUUUCUUCAUAUUGCAGUGACUGGCAGCUUACUGGGCUUGGCAAUCAGUACCAAGCAUGCGGGGUUCCUGACAUUACCGCUCGUUGCUAUCAUCAUAUCCUAUGACAUGUGGCUGAAGUUACCCAACCAAACGUAUAGUAUGAGAUGCCUGUGUCUACAAACCAUUGGGAGGUUACAAGCCAUCACAACUAUUCCAGUUUCGCUAUAUCUCCUGUCAUUCUACAUUCACUUUUCGCUGCUAAAGUAUUCCGGACCUCAUGAUGCACUCCUCCCAGAUCAACUAAAGCAAGGAUUAGUUGGCAGUCAACUUCCAGCCGACCAAACUCUGUACAAGGACUACUUUGGUAGGUGUAGGACAGAUCUGUACUUCUUCACUACACUCCGUCCUACAAUUUCGUCCUGUACUCUGCAGUGA